UUCCUUUUCUCACAAUUCUUCACCGCAAACACUCACCCUAAAAAAAGGAAUAAAGAGAAAAGAAAGAAAGCAAGAAGAAGAACAUUACAUUAGACAGAGAGAAGGGUAUAUUUACUAUUUACCAUAACUUUAACAAGCAGACAGAAUCAUCAGAUCCGGUGUUUUAAUGGCGGACAAGGAAGAACAAGAGACGGUGACAUCGUACAAGCUGUUUCUGAGAGUCAUUAGCAAGAGAAGAACAUGGGUCUGUCUAUUUCUUGUCGUCUACGCGAUCCUCUUGUCUUCUUCAUGGAACUCGCUGAAUUCGAUAGUGGAUUGGUACGGAGAGAACCACAAGACAUCAUCUGGUUGGCCUGCGGUUUACGCAUCGGUGCUUCUUGGGGCGGUGUUCGGAGUUCUGUCGAUGGCGGCGGCGCUCUUCAUAGCCGUUCCGGCCAUAGUGGUGAUCUGGAUAUCGGUGGUCGUGUCGAUGGCGUUCGCCGGAAAAUCGAGGAGGAGAGUGGUGGUGGAAGGGAGGAAAGUGACGAAAGAGAUCGCUGGAUUUGUGUUUAGGGUUCUUCUUAAAGAAGGCAACUUUGUGGCUCUUCUUUGUGCUCUUCUUGCUUACUUCGUCUUCUUCAACUCUUACUCUUCUUCCUCUUGAUUCAGUUUUGCCAAUUUGGUCAUAAACAAAAACAUUCACAACUAAUAUUGCCCUUAAUUUAACA